GGACUAGCACUAGCACUAGCAUUAGCAUUCCUUUAUAGUUUCGACUAUUCUCCUGAGCAGGCUGAGCUACGAGUAGUAUCUUCACUAAGCUUUCCCCGCCUCCGCGGGGGUUAGCGUCCUUCUACAUCCCUGUUGAACCGAGGCCGAGGCAAAAUUGCCUGACCUCAAUGUUGUCUCAUAAAUACAACUUCAGCUCUACAAAAUGUCACAAACCACAUCCUACAAAAGCUCCCAUCUACAAACGACCAUAUACUCACCAUGGCUGGUCCCGUAAGACAACCUAUUGAUCUUCAAGCUCUGGAGAAAUACAUAGAGAAGCAUGUACCAGAAAUCAAGACACCAAUUGAUAUCAAACAGUUCGGGUUCGGACAAUCAAACCCAACAUACCAACUGCUUUCUUCCAAUGGCCAAAAAUACGUCAUGCGCAAGAAGCCGCCCGGAAAACUUGUCUCGAAAACCGCACAUCAAGUCGAGCGCGAAUACCGCGUCAUUCAUGCGUUGGAAAGAACAGAUGUACCGGUUCCGAAAGCAUAUUGUUUGUGUGAGGAUGAGGGGGUAAUUGGCACACCGUUUUAUAUCAUGGAAUUUUUAGACGGGAGAAUUAUUGAGGAUCCUGGGAUCCCGGGGGUGGGAGAGGAAGAAAGGAGAGAGAUGUGGCACGAUGCGAUUCGUACUCUUGCUAAACUCCAUCGUGUUGAUGUGUCGGAAGCCGGACUUGCGAGUUUUGGCAAAGCGAAUGGAUUCUACGAUCGACAAAUCAAAACUUUUGGUACGAUAAGUGCGGCUCAAGCUUCGACGGUGGAUGUUGAAACCAAGAAGCCUGUGGGCCAGAUACCACACAUUGAGGAAAUCUUGGGAUUCUUUAGAGAUAAGAGAUAUCAGCCAAAAGAUAGAGGGACAUUGGUUCAUGGGGAUUAUAAGAUUGACAAUUUAGUAUUUCAUAAAACGGAACCGAGGGUUAUUGGAAUUUUAGACUGGGAAAUGUCAACAAUCGGACAUCCCCUCUCGGAUCUAGUAAACAUUCUAUCACCUCAUACCGUCCGACACGAGAAGAAAUUUGCAUCCCUCCCCCAAUUUUACGAGGAAAACAUUGCCGGUCUCCCCUCGCAAUCAGAUCUAAUAUCCUGGUAUAGAGAAAUAUCAGGCUGGGAUCCGGAACCCGAUUUGCCUUGGGGAGUGGCAUUUGGAUUCUUUAGAAAUACGUGUAUUUAUCAGGGGAUCGCAGCUCGAUGGGCGGUGAGACAGGCGAGUAGUGCAAAGGCAGAAGUUCAUGCGCAAGCGAGGUGGCCGAUGGGAGAGUUGUGUUGGAAGUUUGUGGGCUUGGCGAGGAAGGGGAAGGAAGAGGGGGAGAAAGAGAAUGAGAAGGAGAAGGCGAAAUUGUAGGGAGGAGUGCACGGGAGAAAUGAAAGGUUUGUAAUUGAUAUAGAAUGGAAUUGAGUGAGUGUGUAUGGUAUGAGAAUCAUAAUAUUCAUUUUUUCGCGAUUACUUAUUUCACACUGAUUUUCUUGGCUCUGCCAUCGGCUCUAUUCUAUUCUAUCGUUCCAGAACUCAGGAUGAUGGACUCUCUGUGGUUGUCAGUGCCGGAAUUUAAAGAAUUGAACUCUCUGAAUUGCUUCAGGUACCUGUACAAUGAGGAUUAUAAUACAUGACGACCUCUGAUAACAGAAUCUCCAGACUGCAACAAGCUACCAAAAGCUCGAGGAAGUGAAACCAAGGAGAGAUAAAAAUAUCGCUGAGAGUCCA